UAAGGAAAUUUUGUGCAACACUACCUUUAAGUUUGGACGUUUUGUGAAUUACUACCUUAUAAAAAAGUUUUUUAAUUUUGCUACCUUAUAAGUUUGUUUAGUUUGAGUAACACUACCUUGUAACAGUUUCUGUCAAAUUCCUCCGUUUGUGGGCCCCACCUCCAACGUUUCCCUCCAUUUUCAUAAUUGAAAUUACUCCUAUGUCCCCCCAUUUGCUUUCCCACCAACUUCUAUCUUCUCCUUUCUCUUUCCUCUGUCAUUUUUCUUUUCCUCUGCUUCACAUUUAUUCUUCUCUCCUUCAAUCUCAACCACAAACCCUAAAGCCAUAAUUGAUGAUGCUACACUUCUGAAUCUUCUUCAAGUCAAGAGAUUCUUCUCUUUAUUACGCGCAGUGGUCCAAAAGGAGAUCUUGGAAAGAUGAAAACGACAGGAAGUGGUCCAAAGGAUAAGGGAAAGGGGAUAAUGCCAACGAACCGACAAGGUGGAUCCCAAAUCAGGAAUGAGCAGUUGGGUUACAUUGAUCUUGCAAUAUGGAUGGGGGGAAAGUUUGUUUUCAAUAAGGGGGAAACUGAUUAUGUUGGUGGGAAGUUGUAUACUAGAUUGACAGUGUGGUUGCAUGAGUUAACUGUUUUUAGUUUGAGGGAGCUUGUAAUGAAAGGGAUGAGUGGAACUAUAGGGAGGAUUAUUGAGAAUUUCAGUGUAUGGUUUAGGCUACAUGGGAUGAAUUUGACUAAGGGUAGGAAGAUUAUACACACUCAUGAUGAUAUAGGGAGGUUAUUGGAGACAAAAGAUGGGUCUAACAGGGUGAUUUUGUACAUUAUUGAGGAAUCCAAACCAGCUUUUAUUGGCCCAUCUGUUACCUACCAAACUGCCAACUUUAAACCACCAAGACCACUGAAACAAGCUACACAAAGCAAUCCUUCUGGGCCACAAAGAACACUGACCCAGCCCAUUACAACCAAACCUGCUGGCCCAUCAACAGUGACCCUAAAACAAGUGAAAAUGGAACCACUUCAGUCAAAGUUUUCCCUAGUUAGGAGAAGCCCAAGGCUUGGUUUUGAUCCUGAUGUGGUUUACAUGGGAAAGGGUACAGGGCCAAGUGAGAAUCCAUCCACUGUAAAAGAACCCAACAAAACCCAAUUAAAAAAGCCAAUUGCUUCAGCCACUGUCAAAGCAAGUGUUCCUAAACCUAUUCCCUCAAAUAUAUCUUCAGUUGAUCCUCACACUCCAAGUACAGAACCAACAUAAAUCCCUCCUCAUACCACCACCACUCCCACAAAACCUUCAAAAACACCUCUGCCUGCAAACCCACCUCUUCUUAGUCCAGAUUUGAAGACCUCUACCCCUAGGAGAAAGAGUGUAGCACAGAAGGGGAAAAAGGUCAAAGGAAAAGCAGGAAAAGUAGGGAAGAAAAAGGGGAAAGGAAAGAAAAAGGAUCCUGGGGACUGUUUAUUUGAAAAUGAUGAGUUUGGUGAUUGGUCUGAAAGUGAUUCAGACUUUUCAGAUUUAGAUGUGGAGUUUGAACCAGGGGAAGAGGACAGAAAACAACUAGAGGAGGAUGAGUUGUUCUGUGAGCCAUUGUCUACUGUGUUGAGGGGAAAUAAGAGGGUAGAUAAGGUUGCAGCACCUGAGGUGGAAGAACAAGUGGAUCUAGCACCUGAGGUGGAAGAACAAGUGGAUCUAGAACAUGAGGUGGAUUAUGAUUCAG